UACACCUAGCUCUUUAAUAUUCUCAAACAUCACAAAUGGAAGGAAACGAUGAAGAACCGAUUAUUGAUCACACAUCAGAUAAGACGUUGUCAGACCUCCGAGAGUUGUCGAUUCAAUGCCGAGCACUUCUCCACCAGCUACCGGCCACGGCGGGGCCCGAAGCAAUAGACUUGAUGGCGAGCUUCAACAUCUGGGCAGCGAAUAUGGGUGUGUUCCGUGAAGGUCGACAGUCACUUACCUCUCGGCUGAAGAGUGCGCCUGAAAUUAGCGAGCUAGUUCAACAACUACUUGUGGCUCUGAAGCGUGAUCUUGAAAAGGUUAUGCUUCAAUUAGAUAGCAAAGAAGAGAUCUCUUCAGCUAGUGAGUCUGAUGACUCUUCGGAUCGCUCGUCUAUUUCCUCAUAUAGGCAACCUCAGGUAUUCAAAGACCUGGAAGCUUCUCCGCCUCGAUCCACCAUCUGGACAUCGAUCCAAAAUACAACCACCAGUCUUCGGCAAUUAGCAUUGUCUGUACGCCAAGCAGGGACCCAACAUCGCCAAGAACGAAUCCAACGGUUCAAAAACAUAGAUCGGAAUAAACAAGUGUACCAGUUGAUUGAGAGAUGCGCACAUCAAAAAGUUGAUCAUAUGUUUCCAAAAGCGAGCAAAGUCUUACGAGAACGUAUGGCAGAAUCAAUUGCGACACGUCGAAUGCGGUUCUCGUAUCUCGAGCAACACCAAAAGAAGACAUCGACGCUAAAUGAGCCAGCUCCAGAGUUACGACAGGACGAGGCCAUAGGGAAAGAGGAAGAAAGCGCGCUACCAAUGAUCGAACUUGCACAGCAACGGGUGGCCGAUUUGGGGUUGAGAGUACGGCCGCAGCCAAGCGUAGUAUUGUCAACCACGGUAGUCACUAAGCUCGACCCAAAGGGACUCAAUCCCGCCCAGAACAAGUUAAAGCGCACAGAGUCUGUUUCGUCUGUCAAGAUCUCUACUGGCAAGUUUCCUUCAAUACCAAAGCUAGACCCUGGGCGUGCCUCAUUUACUUGUCCGUACUGUUUCCUCGUCUGCCCAGCGAAGGAAGCCAGUGGACAGAGUCAAUGGAUGAGCCAUCUCAUACAUGACUUUGAGCCAUUUUUCUGCGUAUUCGACAACUGUACUUCGCCAUUCACUUGUACGGAUACGUAUACUGGCUGGCUUGCCCACAUGCGCGACACACACACCCAACCCGAGUGGCACUGCUGGCAUUGCAAGACUUCUUCUAGUCCGUUCUCGACUGCGGCAGAGUUGGAAAGCCAUUUAGUAAAGCACCACAGAGAAGAGGUUACGGAAUCUCUUCGACCUACUCUUGUAAAGCAUAGCCUGGUCCGUGAUCAACAUCCCUUACGGGAGUGCCCAUUCUGCGGUGGAUUCCCCGAAGAGAUCGAGAAAACGUAUCCGGAUAGGGACAGCAAACAAGCCCGCGAGGUUCUAGAGAAACAUGUUAGAGACCAUCUCGUUUCCACAGCUCUAAUUCUAGCCCCAGUGGAAAUGGGAGAACCGGGCGACGGCCUCGACGAUACAAAGUCAGAUGCCCAAAGAGAUGGCGAUAGCGAACGUGACCUCGAUGGAGUCGGAGAAAUCUAUGAGCUGCAGUGUGAGAAUAAUUCUUGCGACUGUAAGGAAAGUAAUAAGAAUUCUGGCUCUGACUGGCCCAUGGACUCUGGGCUUGAUGUUUGGGAGAUGGUUGACACGCAAGCGAUCUCAAACAUCACUCAACGAUGGCAAUACAUCCUGGAUAGAAAUAUGGGCGGCGAGGGAGUAGAUCUAACUCUUGAAGCCUUCGCAGCAAAGUCUAUAUUGGACUCUUCACCCUUAAUUAUAGAUGUGCCAUACACUGGCGAUGAUGACAACACCAUGGAGGGAGAUAAAGACAAGCAAUUCCUACGAUCCCUAGGCUUCACUGACCCCCGCAGAGACAAGAGUUACGUCGAGCAUAUAAGAGGCGGCCUAUUACCCGAUAUCAAUAACUGGAUUCACCGUGAUCCCGAUUUCCAGCAAUGGCAGCAAGAUCCGCAAGGCCGACCACUCUGGAUCACGGGUGGACCUGGCACAGGCAAGACAAUGCUUCUAUGCAGCAUCGUUUACGAUCUAGAGACAGAGCUAGACGACCAUGUAGCCUAUUUCUUCUGCACAGCUACCAAUUCGGAAUGGAAUAACGCAACAGCCGUGCUUCGCGGUCUGAUCUAUCUGCUGAUCAUCAGACAGCCGCCGCUUAUUUCCCAAGUCCGGCAAAUAUUCGACCUUGGCGGAUUGCCUCCCUUCGAAGAAGCGAUGGCAUGGGAUACUACGUCCGAGAUCCUCAAAGCCAUGUUCAAUGAUCCAAGAUUGGGCAGCGCAUUUCUAAUUAUUGAUAAUAUCGACAAGUGUACAACCAAUCGAGCGGGACUUCUCGAUUUAAUUACCAACUCUCCACCUCAUAUCAAAUGGGUUGUAUCCAGCCAUGACCUAAUAGAUAAUGUAAAGCAGCCUGCCGUGCUUCAUCUCGAGUUGAAUCGGGAGUCGAACUCCACCGCCAUACGUGCGUUUAUCCAACAUAAAGUAGAAUUGUUGGCGGAACAGAAGCACUAUGACAGCGAGACAAAGGACGAAGUUCAACGCUAUUUGAAUUCUUACUCCAGCGGUAAUUUCAUAUGGGUAGUUAUAGUCUAUGAAAAGCUUCAAAACAUAGACAAUGGGGAUAUAGCAGAGAUUAUUGGUAAGAAAAAUACCGAUUUGAGAGGGCUAUACGAGCAAAUGAUCCAUAAUCUCAACAAGAAUGAUCGCAGGUUUUGCCGGCACGUUCUGUAUAUGGUUGACAUGGUUUAUGCUCCCAUUCACCUCGAGGAAUUACAAUCCCUUUCCCUACUAUAUCCCAAUAUUGGGAAUCCCGAAGACGAUGUCACAAGAAUUAUAACCUUGUGUAGCUCUCUCUUAACUAUCAAAGACCAUCAUAUCCAGAUUCCCAAUGGAAUAACCAAAGAGAUCUUACUUUCGAAUGCUUCCAUUAUUUAUCCUAACUCAGAGCAACACCACCUCAAUUUCUUCUUUCUUUUAAAGCAGCACUUAUCACUUCAUCUUAGACGUAACAUUUACGGUCUAAGCGGUCCGAGGAUCCUCAUAAAUGGGGUCUUAUCGCCUGACCCCGACCCGUUGAAUUCAAUGAGAUAUUCCUGCGUCUACAUCUUUGAUCACCUUAUCAACUCGUAUCCUAUCGAGAUAAUGAAAUAUUUACUAGAUGGUGGCCCAGUCCAUACAUUCAUCCAGAAAACAUAUUUGUAUUGGCUAGAAUGUCUUAUUCUAAUAGGCGAGAUGCCGAAGGCAGUCAAUACAAUACAUAGACUUUGGGAGUUGGCGAAAAGCAAUGGAGCGCGACAACUAGAGGAACUACUCAAGACCGCACACGAGUUUAUUGUUUCUUACAAACUAAUUAUAGAAAGUACUCCAUUACAAAUGUAUGCGUUAGCAGGAAUGUUUAGCCCCAUCGAUAGCCUAGACAGAGGGCCAUUCUUUGAGGAGAAGCGUAACGAGAUCAGGUUGAGACUGAGUAAAGAAACUGCCCAUGACGACCGGGUAGAAUCAUUGGCUUUCGGGGCCAAUGGUGGGUGGCUCGCGUCGGGCUCGUUGGAGGGGACCAUCAAGAUCUGGGAUACGAUAUUCGGCGAAACCCUACAGCUGCUUAAAAGCGAAAGCAGCUGGGCUACGCAACUAGCCUUCUCAGCCGACGACAAGCAGCUCGCGUCAGGUUCACUUGGUAUUGUUGAGGUUUGGGAUACGGCAACAGGUGUACGCCUGUGGAGUCACCCGCUAGGUAACGCUGAUGUAAUGUCGUUAGUAUUCUCAGCAGAUAGCCAGCGGCUCGCGUCAGGUGAUUCGUCGAGGAGGGUCAAUGUCUGGGAUGCAAAAACAGGCGACUGCCUAUAUACACACAUCGUUGAUUUCUUGUUAAAUCGCCUUUCAUUCGAUCCAACGAAUAACUCUUGUCUCUAUAACGAUACCGAAGUCAUAUAUCUGGAUCCGUUUUCAGAGAUUAGCAAGCAGGAAGUUAAGACCGUUCCGCCAGAGGAUUCUGGCUCCCGUUGCAGCAUAAGCGCGGACGGUAGAUGGAUUAUGAAAAAUGGAAAAGAGUCGAUUUUGUUACCGCAUUUAUAUGCAUCAUCAGCUAUAGUAGGAUCGAUGGUUGCUAUUGGUGGCCGGUUUGGCCAAGUAUGGGUGAUAGAUAUGGACUGGGAUCUCUUCGAUCGUAGGUGAAUACAAUCUAUCUCUUUGUAACUACCAAGUUCUUAGUACGAAUACAAGUACCUCAUAACU